GGCGUUCUCUCUUUGGCACAAAGUAGGCUGGCUGCACAAGAGACAUGUGUUUAAGCUACACGCUUUGAAGGGCUCAAAAAUCUUUUCAGAACUGUUUCUGAGAAAUGUUGUGUAAAGACAGAGAGAGAGAGAGAGAGAGCAAGAAAAAAGAGGGGGAGAGUGCAGUGGGAGGGAAAGAGAUGGGGAGCAGAAAGAGCUACAGACAAAAACAAGCCGUCUUCCAUGUGGUGAUUUGAUUUCAGUUGUUGAAGGAAUACUUUUGUUGGACAAUACUUCUGCAAGAGACUCGACAGCAGUGGCUGUGAUCCUCACUUGGUGUCCCAUCCCAUAUUUGCAACUAGCCACAAGCUCUUCUAAUGAUGCAGUGCGACGAGCUCUCAGCCAGAGAGGAGUUCACCUACAGCCACAUGCCCAUUCUGGAGAGGGGCGAUGGGACGCUGGGGCGACGAGGCGAUAGGGGAACAGAGAGAAGGCCAGACAGGGGGGAGCGGUAUGGGCCCGAGCGGGACAGCUACACAGUGGACGUGAGGGCCAGUGACCUGCAGCUGGCCCAGCCGGAGCCUCUAAAGCACCCCUGCUUCAGCUACAGGGCCUGGCUCUACAGUGUCCUCAUUGGGGGCAGUCUACUCAUCACAUCUGGGUUUUCUCUGUACUUGGGCAAUGUGUUUCCUUUUGCAAUGGACUACUUACGCUGUGCUGCAGGCGCUGGCCUCCCAGCAGCGAUCGCCAGUUUUGCCAUUGCCAAGAACCAACAUGUUGCAGUGUCAGACUUCCAGGUGGUUUAUGUGUCAACCUUUGCUGUGACGACCACCUGCCUGGUCUGGUUUGGAUGCAAACUGGUCCUUAACCCGUCUGCUGUCAAUAUCAACUUUAACCUCAUUCUGAUGAUUCUGCUGGAGGUGUUAAUGGCCAGCACUGUCAUCCUGUCAGCCCGCUCAGCAGAAGACUGUUGCUGCCACAGUAAGACGGUGACAUACGACAGAUCUGUGGUUCUAAAGCCUGCAGUGUUUCCCACUCGACUCCUUAAAGCGUAUUCAGUCAUUGAAGUCAUUGUGGGAAUUUCUGCUGUAUUUGGAGGAAUAAUUGCACUCAAUAUGGAUGCUUUACUACCUGGCCCCUACUUGUCAGUCACAUUUUUCUGGAUUCUUGUGGCUUGUUUCCCGAGUGCUAUUGCCAGUCAUGUUGUGUCAGAAUACCCCAACAAAUGUCUGGUGGAGGUGCUGAUUGCCAUCAGCAGCGUGACAUCUCCCUUGCUCUUUUCAGCCUCUGGCUUCCUCUCUUGUAGUGUGAUCAGCUUCACUGAAAUUUUUCUACAUGAUGUGCCUACAUCCAAGCAAUCCUACGACAUCCUGCUGCUGAUUCUGAUGGUGCUGCUGCUGGUGCAGGCAGUUCUAACUUCAGCCACUGUGGUGCACUGUGCCUCCUACAAGAGUCAGCUCCGCAUGGGAGCUCCAGAGUUUGACCACAGCAUGCACACCCCAACUCAUUACUGUGAGCAGCAAGCGUCCAAUGGAACGCUGCAGGAUUUUGACAAAGACAGAGCCUGGAAAGCAGUUGUAGUCCAAAUGGCCCAAUAAACUGUCCUGGAGUUCACAGAGAAGUUCGAUAAGAAGAUGAAAGAAGGAGGACCAAACAAUGCUGAAAGAAAAAAGAAGAUGCCUUCUGAGAUGAAAAGAGAGAUUUAGGAGAAAAGGGAGAAGGAAAAACUGAAAGAAAAAAAUCACAGGGAGAGAAUUUUUUGUUAAGAAUACACAGCAGAUAAUUCAAUUUUUAAGAUAUUUUGGUAAUGCUUUGAACAUUUUGCUGUGUUUUCUAUUCUUUUUAUAUAUAACUGUUGCCUGCUUAGUGACAAUUAUUUAAC